AUGAUUUAUUUAAGCAGCUCCAAUGAGCGUCCUGAUUCUCUAAGAUCGAUUCGAGAUCCAGAGGCCCACUCUUCUUUGAUGGAUCAAAUCCAAGAGAGGCAGUUUGAGGAUGAGAAGUUGUGCCUCAUUCGAGACAAGGUGAUGAGAGGUGAAGCUAGGGAAGCAGUACUUGAUUCUGAGGGUGUUUUGAGGAUUGGGAUUCACAUUUGUGUGCCCAAGGUUGGUGAUUUGGUCAGAUUGAUACUUGAGGAGGCCCACUACACUCGAUAUUCUAUUUAUCCAAGGAAAGCAAAGAUGUACAAUGACUUGAGUCAAUAUUAUUGGUGGUUUGGUAUGAAGAAAGACAUCAUCGAGUUUGUGUCUAAGUGUUUGACAUGCCAGCAGAUUAAGUGUGAGCACUAG